AUGACUUGCUAUAGUAUCCAAAUUAUCUUUUCUAGGACUGAUAAUACAUAAUAAUCCACCAUAAAUAUUCUUGCUAAUUAAGAGUUAGACUUUUAUCAAACAUAUUAACUAUAUCCAGUCCAAGCUACUUAUGAGCAAACAGAAAACUGGAACUAAUAGUAACUAAAAGAUUUCGAAAAUUAAAGUUUUUCUUUUGACUAAGAUGGUUAUAAAUCUUUUAGCGAGUUUCCAAGCCUAUAUAGCCUAUGUGAAGAUGAAGAAGUAGAAGAAACCAAUUAAAUUGAAAAUGGAGAAGAAAAUUAUAUUCUUGAUAGUUUUAAUGAAAUAAAUGACUUUAUAUUUUUUGAAGAAUUAGACUAUUAAUAAAUUCGCCCAUAAAAUAAUAUUAUUAAAAAUCGCAUAAAAUAACAAAAUAAAUAAUAAGUAAUACCAAAUAGUCCCUAAAUUUAAUUCUAAUAACCUAUGAAAGAAAGCUUUAAGUAUCAUAUACCAUAUAAUUCAGUGAUUAACAAAAUUAACCUAUAAAAAAUAAAUUAAUAGUAAGAACUAAAAAAAAUUGAAAAUUUUUCAUAACUCAUAUAUAAUAAUAUGGGGGACCUGGCGCAAACGUCGUAAGUUUGA